AUGGAGGUUAUUUCAUUAAAAGUGUAAAAAAUGUGUAAUCAAGAAAGUAGUGUAAUGAGUCUUUUAAAAUCUGUAUUUGGAUAUGAAGAUUUCAAAAAUGAUGUUCAAAAAGAAGCUAUUGUUGCUAUUUGCGAAGGUUCAAAAUAUGUAUGUAUAUCCAUGCCUCCUGGAUUUGGUAGAUCUCUUUGCUUUCAAUUACCAGCUCUUCUAUGUAAAGGCAAAGUUGGAAUUGUUUUUUCUCCAAAAUUAUCUUUUAUUAAGAAAGAAAUAGAAUUUUUAAAAAGCAAACAAAUUAAUGUUGGUUUGCUAUAUAAAGGUAUACAAAUAAAUGAAAGAAAUAAUAUUUUAAACAAUUUAAAAUCAAAUUCUCCAACAAUAGUAUUAUUAUAUGCAACUCUUGAAAUGGAUACUAUGACAUAUUUUAAGCAACUUAUAGUUUCAUUGAAAGAGCGUAUGAUAUUGUCUUACAUUGUAUUUAACGAAGCACAUUGUUUAAGUGAAUUGGGAUAUGAUUAUACCCCCUGUUAUAAAAGAAUAAAUACAUUUGACAAAAUAUACGAAUAUAUUCCUAAAAUUGCAGUAACUACAACAGUUACUGAUGAGGUAAUUCAAGAUAUUUGCAAACAACUAACAUUAAAAACUCCUAAGAUUUUUAAAAUGCCUGUGCAACAGAUCAAUGUACACUAUGAUAUGUGGUUUAUAGAUAUACUUUCUCAUCCAUUUGAUCAUCUUAAAAGUUUUAUCAUAGAAGUACUUGGUUUUUUAGAUCUAUCUACACAUAAGACACAUAAAGGUUUUGCCAUUGUUUACUGUAGAGAAGUAAUUACUGCAGAGUUAUUAAAAACCAAAUUAUAUAAUCUUGGCAUUCCUACGCUAAUCUAUCAUCAUAAAUUGAAAAAUAGUACACGACAUAAUAUUGAAAAUAAUUGGAUAUUUGGUCAAAUUCAUGUUAUUAUUACAACAUAUGAUUAUGGAUUCAUUCAUAAAAGAUCAAUUAGAUGUAUAGUUUAUUGGACAGUACCUGAAAAUAUUGCCAAAUAUUAUAGAGAAAGUGCUCAAAUAGAUUCAAGCAAUGGUAAUGCAUAUUGUAGAAUAUAUUUUAGUGUAAAGGAAUAUUCUGCUGUACAAUUGCUUAUUAAAAAUCACAGAGUAAUGAACAACUCACAACAUAUUCAAAAACGAUUAGAUGAAUAUGAAAAAAUGAUAUCUUACUGUCUUUCAGUAAAAUGCCGGCAUGAAAUCAUUAGUAGAUAUUUCGGAUACGUAACAUCGUCUUGUAAAAUGAACUGCGAUGUUUGUAAAAAUGAGGAAGCAGUAGGGAUCAGAACACUUAAGUUUAUUACAUAUUCAGAACACGUUGAAGGAGUAAAGUACAGCAUUGCUGAUGUUAAUGAGAAUUUAAAAGAACAAUCAAAAGAUAUUCUAGAAGUAGAAUGUAAAAUAUCUAAAACUUUGAGUAAAAUUGUUAUCAUGGAUGAUGAUAAUGAUAAACAAUGUAUUGAACAAUUUAAUGAAAAGUUGGUAAGAAAUAAGCGGAAACGAUCAUUUGCUGAAAGUAUUUCACUUAGAGAACGGUUAGUGGAGGAUUGCAAUCAAACUAGCACAAGAGAUACAGUAAAACGUGCAAAAGAUAAUUCAGUCGCGAUAGAAACAAGCAAAUUUACGAUAACGAAUUCUUUGCUGGAUAAAUACAAUUUAGACAAAGGAAUGAUAUCUUUAGAACCAUGUUGCUCUAAAGAUAAUAUUUCUAACUCUUUUCAAGAAAAGAGAACAAUAAAUACUGGAAUUUGUAAUGAUCUAAAUGAAUCAAUAAAUGAAUCUGGGAUAGAAAUUUUUAAAGACACCGAUGAAAUAAAAGCGAAAGAUAGAAAGAAUGAUAUUUUAAGUCAAAACUCUCCAGAGAUUAUUAUUAUUGAAGAAAAAUGGUCGGAUAAAAAACAAAGGAAACGUUCCAUCACCGCGGAUACGUGUCCUGAAGAUUUUAAACCGAAAAGAAGAAAACUAAACGCUAAAAAUAAACCGACCACCGAAACUGCAAUACAGAAGAAUAAGGGAAAUGCUGCUGACUCGUGUGUUGAACACAUCAAGGAUGAUUUAAGUGGAAACGCAACGCGUGAUCAUGCGAUGGUAGAAUAUUUAAUGAAUAAAUAUCAGCUGAAUAGACAUUCAAUAACAUUGAUACCGCGAAAAAAGUGA